AUGGCUGCAUGGGGGCUGGAUCAUCUCAAAAAUGACUACAGAAGAAGAUUUUGCCGACCUUCCAGGGCACCUGACAUUAAUACAGAGCAAGGCCAGAAUAUACUGGAAGUCUUACUAGACUGUUUUGAAGAAAAAAGUCUUGCCAGUGAUGUUAGUAAAAAUGCCACAAAAUCAGUGCUUUAUUCAACACCUAAACCAAAAGAUAUUUGUGUUCAGUCAUCAAGCAAAGAGACUCAGAGCCCAAAGUCACAUCCAAAGUCAGGUCCAGUUUCUUCAAGGAAGAAAGAAGCCCCUCUGCAGUUAACUGUAGAACUAAAUGAAGCUGUCAACAAAUCAGUUCAGAACCAUGAGGUUCAUCAGAAAAUUUUGGCAACUGAUGUUCAUUCUAAAAAUACAUCUGACUUGAGAAAAAUGUCAAGUAAAAAACUAAAAGAUAAUCACAGUGAAGCUGAUGAGGAUUGUUACUUAUCUGUUGGCUCACCUUCUGACCUGGACAUUAAAGCAUCUUCAUUGCAAAAGGGUAGUCCAUCUGUUGCCCAAAAGAGAGAGACCCACACUUCCAAAAAUUCAGUAAAUAUGCUGUCUUCAAGUACAGAGAUUUCUCAUAAAACCAGAAAAAGGUUAAGCUUUGAAGAUAAAGAUGUUUUAAAGAAAGUAGAAAUAACAAAUGAAGUAUCAGAAAUAGAGGAUAAAGUAUCAGAAGGACUACAAGACAGGAAACAGUCAAGAACAUCUCAAAAAAGAAUACAAGAUUCAGAAUAUGAAAAUCAACCGCAAGCUAGAAAGAGUUUUUCAACGUUGUUUUUAGAAACUGUAAAAAGAAAAAGUGAAUCCAGUUCUGUUGUUAGGCAUAUAGCAACUGUUCCACCUCAUUUAUCUCCUGCAAAUAAUACGAAGUUAUUGGAAGAUGAAUUUGUAAUUGAUGAAUCAGAUAAAAGUUUUGUCAGUCAACCUUGGAUUACUAUACCAAGAAAGACUGGGCCUCUGAAGCAGCACACAGCAUCCCCUGCUGAGAGCACUGUCCUUCAGAGGAAGAAGUCAAGAGAAAGACAUGACAGUGUAUCAUCUGUGGCUUUGACAAGUAACAAGCAUCCUGGCAAAGCUCACCCAGUAGAGAAAUCUCAGCCCUCUGAACCAAAAAUACCGGGUGGGAGUUGUGCUUUGUCAGAUGAUGUAGAAAAUAACUGUAAAUCUACAAAAUACGAAAUAUAUUCUGAGAAUGCAAAAAAAUCAUCUGGAGACAAAAGGACUAUAAAACAAAAACAGAGAACAAAAUCUGAGGCCAAUGUACCUGAAGAAGAAGUUAAUGUGAGGCAAUCUAAAGAUAAAAAUAUAAAUAUAUCACAUACUGUCCAAGACAAGUUACAAAGAAAUUCAGACAAAAAUAUGGAAGAGGAUGAAGAGAUAAGCGUUAGCGUUUCCAAGAAUCAGUUGCUUUCUGUGGGAAGCAAGAAAGGUAGCACCAAUGUUCCUCAUAAAAAGAAUCAGAAAAAAGAUAAGGAAUGCAAAAAGAAGCAUUUUUCAAGUGGGUCCAAGAACAACAAAAUUGAACCUGAAGAAUUAACUUCAACUAUCAGAAGAAGUCAAAGAAUUUCUAGAUGCCCAUCUGAUUGGUGGGUGGUAAAAUCAGAGCAGGGUUCUUUUUCUAGCAGUUCUUCAGUAAGAAAUGAACUGUCAGUGUAUCAUAACAGUAGACAAAAACCACCUGCUGAAAAAACAAACCAAUCAUCUAAGAAUAUUGGAAAAAAAGCUGCUCCAUUUAAAAAGCAGAAGAGAGCUAACAAAGGCAGCUCAGGAGCACAGGUUUUAUAUGCUAAAGAUUCUGGUGGUUCCCAGAAUGAGUCAUUGGGAAGCAAUGAAGCAGACCUGGCUAAGAAGAAAAAUCCUAAUCCUUCUGGAGAUACACGAAGCUCAAAGAAUCAAGAUAGUAUGGCUGCACAAAAUGUUCAUCAAAAGUCUCAAAUGAGUGUAUAUACAUGCACGACACCAACAAAGUCAAACUUGGAUUCUGGAGAGCCUGGGACUUCAGUUUUGGAAGGAAGUGGACCUUUUCGGCUCAAGAAUUAUUUAACGUCUGGAAAGAACAAUUCAGAUGUGGAAGAUAAUGUAGUUCAAGAAAAUUUGAAUGAUUCAAGAGGAGAAAUAUCUGAUUCAACACCAGAGAGCAAGAUGCAUCACAAAUUAGUAUUGCCCUCCUGUACACCAAAUGUUCGCAGAACUAUGAGAACACGAUCAAAACCUUUGGAAUACUGGCGAGGGGAACGAAUAGAUUAUCAGGCAAGGCCAUCAGGAGGAUUUGUGAUUGGUGGAAUACUGUCACCAGACACAGUAUCAUCUAAAAGGAAAGCAAAAGGAAACUUGGGAAGAAUCAUUACAACAGCUAAUAGGAAAAGAAUCUGUCUUGAAAAUGAAGAAAGAAAGAAUAAAUUCAUGGUAAAUCUGAAUAUACCUCUGGGAGAUCCUCUGCAGCCAACAAGGGUGAAGGACCCAGAAACACAAGAGACUGUUCUUAUGGAUCUUAUAAGGCCACGAGAUACAUACCAAUUUUGUGUUGAACAUGAUGAGUUGAAAGUAUAUAAAACAUUGGAUACACCGUUUUUUUCUAGUGGAAAAUUGAUAAUAGGACCACUUCAAGAAAAGGGAAAACAGCAUGUAGGCCUAGAUACAUUGGUUUUUUAUGUUAAUCUUGGUUACCUUUUAUGUACCUUACAUGAAACACCUUAUAUAGUAACAACUGGGGAUUCAUUCUAUGUUCCUUCAGGUAAUUAUUACAACAUCAAAAAUCUCCUGAAUGAGGAAAGUGUUCUUCUUUUUACUCAGAUAAAAAGUUGAAAGAUGAAGCAAAGUUUAAG